AUGGGCACAAAUGGAGGAGUCAUUGCGGCACAGUCGAUGGAAAUUGAAACAAAUGAGAAUCCGGAGAAGGUCGCUGAGCCCGUCGUUAGACGAAAACGUGUGACUCGCAGGCGCCACCGAAGGAUACACAGCAAAAAUAACUGUUUGACACCACCAAACAGCGAUGACGACCCUCAGAUGAGCACUCCGGAUGAUCCGGUCAUCCACAGCCCUCCCUCAAUUGGUGCCGCACCAGGAAUGAACGGAUAUCAUGGAUCUGGGGUGAAACUUGAGGAAGGCUCUGGUGCUUGUGGCUCGCCGGAUGAUGGGAACAUGGACUCUUCAGAAGAGAGUCGUCGUCGUCAAAAAACUUGCCGAGUAUGUGGUGAUCAUGCGACGGGCUACAAUUUCAACGUUAUCACCUGUGAAUCUUGUAAAGCAUUUUUCAGACGAAAUGCUUUACGUCCAAAGGAGUUCAAGUGUCCGUAUUCGGAAGAUUGUGAGAUUAACUCUGUAAGUCGGCGGUUUUGUCAAAAGUGCCGGUUGCGGAAAUGUUUUACUGUCGGUAUGAAAAAAGAGUGGAUAUUAAACGAGGAACAACUUCGGCGGAGGAAGAACUCCCGCCUGAACAACAACAGCACCUCGAACAAAAGAGCACAGCCAGGACAUCAAAUGUCACCACAACAUCCAGGUCAGCAACAACCACAUCAAUCACCGGUCCCACACCCAGGAGUCGCUGUUUAUCAACAACCGCAACGUCCGUUGACUAUUAACCCUAUGGAUAAUCAGAUGAUGCACCAUAUGCAAAACCGACCAAAUGUGAUGCCCCAGCUCAUUAGCCCACCGGGAGCUCAACCAUACCCAUUGACGUCUCCUGUCGGAUCCAGUGCUUCCGAUUCUCCACCAAACCGAAGUUUGACAAUGAUGCACAACGGCGAGAAGUCUCCAGAUGGUUACGAUCCAAACAUGAUGGCUCAUCGAAUUUCGCAAACGUCGCUGAACUGUCGACCAAAAAUGGAUGACAACGGACAGGUUGUUCUUACCGCUGAAGAGUACAAGAAUCUUCUCGCUCGAAUUCCACAAAAUCAGCCAGGACUCAUGAACGAGGAGGAGCCUAUCAACAAACGUGCCGCUUACAACUGCAACGGUCACCCAAUGCCAGCGGAGCACACGCCACCAUACAGCGCGCCGAUGAGCGAUAUGAGCUUAUCUCGUAAUAACUCGACCUCAUCGGGUAUGCAACCUCUGAACCACGUGAACGGCGCACCGCAUGGUGAGAUGAUUCCAGGCAGCAGUGUGCCAACCCAAUCGCACUUUGACAUUGCCUCGUUCGGAAUGGGAAUCGUGACAGCGACCGGAGGUGGCGACGCCGCCGAGGAGAUGUAUCGCAAGAUGACCAGCUUCUACGAUCAGUGCAUUCAAUCGGCUCUCGACAGUCCCGAAAGCCAAGAACCAAAGAUGAUCGAGAACAAGCCAGACUAUAUGACUCCAAAUCACAACUUCCAAUACAACGCCGAUCCAUACCAUGUAGCAGCGGAAAUACAACCACUUGAGCGUAACGUCAACUAUCAGCUCAAUGCUACGGAGCUUAAGGCACUGGAUAAUGUCCGUGAGGCGUUCUUUGGAAUGGAUGAUCCAAUGGAGCAAGGACGUCAAUUGCAGUCGUUCCUCAAGGCCAACAAGUCACCGGCUGACAUCAUGAACAUCAUGGAUGUGACCAUGAGACGUUUUGUUAAGGUCGCCAAGGGAGUUCCAGCAUUCCGUGAGGUGUCUCAAGAAGGAAAGUUCUCACUUCUCAAGGGAGGCAUGAUUGAGAUGCUCACUGUUCGCGGAGUCACUCGCUACGACCCGCACACCAACUCGUUCAAAACUCCAACCAUCAAGGGACAGAACGUUUCAGUCAAUGUGGAUGACAUGUUCGCAAAACUCAAUUCGAAUGCGCAGGCGCAGAAAGAAAAAUGCUUAGAGUUCUUUGGUUUCUUCGACGAGGAGAUCAAGAAGAAUGAACUUGCCGUUUAUCUAGUCAUGUUGGCUGUUCUCUUCUCUGUACGUAUCGAUCCACCAAUGAAUGAAAAUGACGUUCGCAUCGUUACCGACCAACACAAUCAUUUCAUGAGUCUUCUUAACAGAUACUUGGAAUCAUUGUACGGAGAGCAAGCACGGCGUAUAUUCGAACGCCUUCCGAAGGCUUUGGGAAUGCUCAAUGACAUUGCUCGUAACGCUGGAAUGUUAUUCAUGGGUGCCGUACGUUCUGGAGAAGCCGAGGAGCUGCCAGGAGAAUUUUUCAAAAUCAAGUAG